UGGGCAUAGAGAUUGAGCUCCAUGGCUAAUUGAAUCCAGUAUUUACCCUUCUAGGGUUUCACUUUCUCUUUCUUUUUGCCAAAAACUCUUCCCUAAACCCCAUCUUACACCCUCCCCACUAUCUAGAACAUUCAUCGAAGGGUGUUUUCAUUUCCACUACUAGACGCUCCAUCAAACCCACCUCACCAUUUUUCUGGGGAGUUUCAAAGGCCAAUCCUGCUAUCAGAUAGCACCAAUUUCAGCACCAAAGGUCUGAACUUUCCUUAAUUGUAAGUGGGUUCUUUUCGUUUUCCUAUCUUUUAUCGAAAUUCAGGAAAUUUAGAACAUUCAACAGUUGAAUUAGUUGUAAAAGAUUUUAUCUUUUUAUCUUGAUAUUAUCAUUUUUCUAGUUUCUAUCUUUUCUGGGAAAAUUUCUCUUCUUUGUGUGGAGGUUGAACUUGUAUGGGGAAGUCUGGUGGGAGGAAAAAGAAGGGGGCAGGAAACCAAGCUUCAGCUGGUGAUGCUCAUAAUAAUACUAAUCAUGUUAACAAUGGUAGCAUAGAUUUGGAUUCAGCAGUGUUUCUGAAGAGAGCACAUGAGUUAAAAGAGGAAGGGAAUAAGAGAUUUCAGGCCAAGGAUUAUGUGGGUGCCCUUGACCAAUAUGAUAAUGCAAUUAAGCUCAUCCCCAAAACCCACCCUGAUAGGGCUGUUUUUCAUAGCAAUAGGGCAGCUUGUAUGAUGCAAAUGAGACCUAUUGACUAUGACAGUGUCAUUUCUGAGUGCACUAUGGCCCUCCAGGUUCAACCUCGCUUUGUUCGGGCCCUUCUCCGGAGGGCUCGAGCUUUUGAAGCUAUAGCGAAGUAUGACAUGGCUAUGGCUGAUGUACAAGUCCUUUUGGGUUCUGAUCCUAAUCAUGGGGAUGCUUUAGAUAUUGCUCGCAGACUUCGAACAGCUCUUGGACCUCGUCAGGAGGCCCAACAGGAUCUCCAGAGCCGUCCAUCACCCGCUGCUCUUGGGGCUUCUGCUGUUAGAGGUGCACCUAUUGCGGGACUUGGCCCGUGUUUGCCUGCUAGGCCUCCUCCAGCUAAGAAAGGUGCAGGUGCUGGAACGAAUGGUCCAUCUGGUAACAGGAAUGAAAAGCCGCAACUAGUUUUAGCAACAGAGAAUGGUCCUGAUGUGAAAACACAAAUGCCGAAAGUUGUUUUGAAACCUGCAAGUGGUUCUUCGAAGCCCUAUGAGAAUACAUUGAAGAAUUUUGUGAAGGACCAAGCACCCGCAUCAUCCACUUUGUUUUCUGCUCCUAGGCCUUCUCGAGAGGCUAUCAUUCAAUGGAGGCAAUUGAAGCUUGUAUAUGAUCAUGAUAUAAGACUAGCCCAAAUGCCUGUGAAUUGCAGCUUCAGAGUUUUAAGGGAGACAGUGGGAAAACGGUUUCCAUCAUCAAAGUCUGUUUUGAUUAAGUACAAAGAUAAUGAUGGUGAUUUGGUGACAAUAACUUGUACCAGUGAGCUGAAAUUGGCAGAAGAUUUUGUAGACAACCUUGCACCAAAAGACCCAGAAAGUGAUAAGAUCGAUCCCAUUGGAAUGUUAAGGUUGCAUAUUGUGGAGGUGAACCCUGAACAAGAACCAGCAAUACCAGAAGAAGAGGAGAAGCCUGUUGACAGCGAGGAGAUUAAGGGAGAUGAUGGCUCUCAUUCUCCUGUUGAAGAUGUUGGAGUGGACACUGUUGAAACCGAGGCAGAAAAGACAGAUGAUAAGACAUCAAUAGAAAUCCAUAAAGGGAAACCAGAAGUAUCAGAAGAAGCAGAGUGCAAGGAGGUUGAGAUGGAUGAUUGGUUGUUUGAGUUUGCUCAGCUCUUCCGUAACAAUGUUGGCAUUGACCCUGAUGCUCAUGUUGACCUGCAUGAAAUUGGAAUGGAGCUGUGUUCCGAGGCUCUUGAGGAGACGGUGACAAGUGAAGAUGCACAACUUCUCUUUGACAAAGCUGCGCUUAAGUUUCAGGAGGUUGCUGCAUUGGCAUUUUUCAACUGGGGGAAUGUUCAUAUGUGUGCAGCAAGGAAAAAGAUCCCUGUAGAUGAGAAUGCAUCUCCAGAGGAUAAGGCUGCACAGCUGCAGAAAGCAUAUCACUGGGUUAAGGAAAAGUAUUCCUUGGCUAGGGAGAAGUAUGAGCAAGCACUUUCGAUCAAGCCAGACUUCUAUGAAGGUUUACUUGCGAUGGGGCAGCAGCAGUUUGAGAUGGCAAAGCUUCAUUGGUCUUACGCCCUGGCGAAGAAAGAGGAUCUUUUGAGCUGGGAUUCAUCCGAGACAUAUGAACUUUUUGACAGUGCAGAGGAGAAGAUGAAGGCUGCUACUGAAAUGUGGGAAAAGUUGGAGGAGCAGAGAGCUAAUGAACUGAAAGACCCAAAUACUAGUAAGGUGGAGGAGCUGCUAAAGCGAAGAAAGAAAGCAGGAAAUGAAGGUGAAUCCUCGGGUAAGAUCCCUGGCGAGCCUACUCCUGAGGAGUUGGCUGAGCAGGCAGCUGUUAUGAGAUCACAAAUUCAUCUCUUCUGGGGUAAUAUGCUAUUUGAGCGCUCUCAAAUUGAGUUUAGACUGGGAGUUGCUGAUUGGAAAAAGAAUCUCGAUGCUGCUGUUGAACGCUUUAAGUUAGCAGGAGCUUCGGAAGUUGAUAUUUCUACGGUUACAAGCAAUCACUGUUCCAAUGGCGAUUCUGCAGGAGGAGAGGAGAAGAAGGCUGGUAAUGGAACUCAAAUUGCAUCUGAUGGAGCAGGUGUCCAAGCUGAAGCAACAUGAUCAAAAUUGAUAUACGCAGGAGCUUGCCAGUUUUCACGCGCAUCAGAAUAAGUUACUAGCGUGGGAUCAGAAACUAAGUGCCCUACUGACUAUCAAGCAAGGUAAAGAAAGGGUAGAUCCCACCCCUUCCAAAUGCGCCAGGCUGGAAUAUUGGUGGUCGGGUACUCAAGCAAGAUUAUAUGGUGGUUGAUGAUUUUAGGAUAACCUGUGCACGCAAAUGCUUAUGUUACACAAAUGUAGCAGUUUUGUCUUCUGAUAUUCUAAAACCUUUGAUUGAUAGAAUUUUUUUUUUUCAUCUGCUUGUCUUGCUCAAACUUACUAUUGGAUUUUUGACUGCCAAACUUUUCACGUUUGUAAUGUCUAGUUUUAUAUGUGAUAGGUCUUUUUCA